AUGUAUUCAACGCAGUGCUCACCGGCCAUGUCCCCAGAAGACAUGCAAAUCCUUCAUAACCUUGCCAGUCGUUAUGGCUCAAGCCAUCUGGCAAGCACACUACAGAGCAUGAGCGGCGCCCACACCUCACUCCGGCCUCCCCCCCAACAUCAUCACCACAACAACACCGCUAGAAACUCGGUCAUGUCUACAUCGACUUUUGGCACCAACAACAGCGCUCCAUCGCUUACCUCCUCUGGACCCUGGACUAGCUCCGACGCCUCACUGUGCGACGACGCUGCCUCGGUCUCGGGGAGCUUCUUCACCCAUUCUGAACCUGCCCUGCUUCUCUCGCCAUCAGACACGCCCUCGCUCGCAGGGUCAGAGUGGCAGGACGCUUGCAUGACGCCAUCCGCAGAAAAGAAAGCAGCUAUGAUGAAGAGCCCUUCUCGCAAGCCCAUCGAGUGCCCUAUCUGCGCCGUCUAUGACGUCUAUGUGGGCUUCGGGCGAAAAAGCGACUUUAAGAAGCACCUCCAAAACUUUCACAACACCGACUGCGUCUGGGUCUGCCCCAAGAAGUCCUGCCGCAUGAUAUUUGAUUUCGAAAAGGCCUAUGUCACGCAUUUCAAAAUCGAGCACGAUGAUGCGUAUCCGCCCGCCGACCAGGUGAAGCAGGAGCUCUGCCCGCAGGUAGUUUUUGCGUGCGGCUUCAUUGGUUGCAAAGAAGUCUUUGAGGCGCCCACCGACACCGAGGCUUCGUCUACCGUGGAAAAGUACUUUGACCACCUCGCGGGCCAUUUUGACAAGCGCAGUGUGACGUCGGAGUGGACAUACUACCAGCAGAUUCAGAACCUUCUCCGCCAGCGAAGUCUCAAGGACGAAUGGAAGCACACUCUUUGGGACAAGACAGCCCGCAACCAACUCCGCUGGCAGCCUCGGUCGUCUGGCGAUUUCAAGAAAUUGCUCGAGUGCAGACACCUCCUCGAUGUGCCCAAGAUUCUUCACGCAGCCUGGACCCUUGGGCAGACGUCUUUCUCGUCCCCGGAGCAUCCCGCACCGGAGUUCCCGGGAGAGGCGACUCGGCCCCUCCGAGGCUCCUGCGUCUUCUCCACAAAAGGCCACAGCGAGCUGCACACCGCACACUACAUUCCCGCCGGCCCCCAAACCAUGUUUUCCUUGAAGAAGAAUUUGUUCCCCGUCAACGUGGCCACUGUCUCGCACCCGCCACAGAGGGUCAUCCCCGAUGAGCCGGACAGUCUGGAAUACCCUCAUCCCGGCACAGCCCUCGUCCUCCCUGAGCGCGACGACUGGUCUACGAAUCUUGUUCUCGGCCCGCCCGAAGACGAGGAGCUGUUUGACCCUAUGCUUUACCCCGGCAGCGGCGUCACGAAUGCCAUUGCACCGUGGAGCCAAAGCAUGGGCGAUCUGUCGGCGCCGACCGACACUGACAGCUCUGGUCCGUUGUUGAGGGUCCCCAAGCAAAAGAGGUCCUGGGGCAAGAGGAGUUUCGAGAACCUGAGACGGAAGCGCCGCGGUGUCGACGAAAAGACGGCCGCGAACGCCUGGAUCUGA